AAAAAAAAAAAAGGGAUGACAGAGGUCCAGUGAUUUUGUCCAAGGAAAAUUAGAAGUUAAGAUGGUGUGUUUUGGCCUCUGUCCGUCCCCAUGGCUUCAUUCAAACAUUCCGGGCUCCCUGGCCACCACUGUAAGUGCGUCAGGGCCCAAGGACCUUCCUGUACCACGACCCACAGGACGUCCUGUGAGUCCAGGUUGGCCUCUAAGAGCCUGGAUGGGUCACGCCACAGCCCAUCGGGGAUCCUGGGACCCCCAGUGCAGGGGGUGGUGCCGCUGCUGCUUCCAGGCCUGGGGAAACCAUGUAGACGGGACCGUCUUCCAAAUCGGAUUGGCAAGUGGAUUUGGCAGAGCCCAGCGAGACACUAGGAUGGCCCAAACUGACCAGAAGCCCCCAUGCAGAGGCGGCUGCUGGAGACAGCCAGGUUACCCCAACACGGGUGGGGCUCCUGCAUGCCCCACUUCCCACCCCAUGGGUCACAGGCCUCGAAUGCGCAUCCUGCCAUGUGGAGACCAGACCACAGGUGGCCAAGCCCUGUCUUGGGAAACAGGCCUGGGGCCCUGGGCGGCCGACAUUCACUUCCUGGCUAUCUCUACCACCACGUGGGGCAGAAAGAUGCCGGCCUGGAUUUCUGAGCUCCUCAACAGCUCGGGAACAGCGCAGUCGCUUGCCAACGCAGUGUGCGAGGCACAGACCAUUCCAGGGCCUGGCCUGCGCCCACAGGGCACUCCUGCCACAUGGGCCACUUCUCACUAGGCGACACUGUCCACCCCCAAUCGCUGGGGCCCAAAGCAGCCCCAGAACAGACACAUGCACCCCAAAAAGGGGGUCAGUGGGGGCCCCUCGCCGCCGCCCCCUGCCGCCUCCCGAUCUGGUCAAACUCCCGGGCACGAGCCCCGCGUGCAGGCGCCGGGCCUGGGCUCCUGUGGCCGUCCCGCCAGCGCCCGUCUUCCGUCCCUGCAUUUAGAGAAGGACGAUGGCAAAGGCACCCGCCCGCUGACCCCUCUUACAGCUGCUGCCGCGGGCGGCGACCACACAGACGUCCCCUCUGCCAUUGCUGCGGGACCGGGAAGGACACUGGGCGGAUACAGCCUCCCCCUCCGGUGCCCCGAACUCCCUGGGUCCACCCCGGCCCCCAUGGUGGGGAGGGGCCGCCUUGGAGCCCCCAUGUGACAGAGUGGAGGUGGGGUAAGUGCCUGGAGCUCUCGGCCAUCAUGUGCGAAUGUUUUGCUCCCUGCUGAUGCCUCCCGCACCGUUCUGUCUGUAUUGUGGACUGGACAGCUCUCACGGGGGGCAGUUCUGUCCCCAGGGGACGCUGGCCAGCGAGUGGAGACGUCUGUGGUCUUGGCUGGUGUUGCCGCAGGCAUCUGGCUGGUGGAGCCCAGGGAGGCUGUCCCGGCCCCUGCAACCCGCAGGACAGUCCCGCUGUGGAGGACGGCCAGCCCUGAGUCCCCAGUGCCCCAGGGCCCAGGAACCUCUGCCUGCCCUGGGCAGAUCCCCGGGGCCAGGCGGUUCAGGCCGUGCUCCUGCCCGCUGGGGUCUCCUGCUGUCCUCGCCAUCACCACUGGGUGGAGCCACAGGUCCGUGUGA